AUAUUAAUCUUUGUAUCAGUUUUUAUGCACAGCCCUAUUUAAUGUGGUGAAGUCGGCCUUUACUGUCAUCUCAUACAACUGCAUUACAAAUUACUGUUCCCUUAUUGCACUAAAAUUAAGAAAAAGAUAAAAAGGGAAAAUGAUGGAAAAUAGAUAAUUAUUGAAUAACAAUGAUAAAUCGAUAAGGAUCCACUAUUCCACUAUAUUUUUUGUGUUGUACAGACAGUGCAUGUCCAUGUGUGUAUUUUUGUGUAACGCAUAAAUAAAUGAAUGUCAUAUUGGUCAUGAUCUCGGGGGGAGCAACGUUCUUGUUUAAUAAUCUAACGUCCCGAGGAUAAAAGGGGUUCUUUAGUCUGGUGGUGAGCGCCUCCAUCACUCUGCGGGGUGGGACGGGUCCCUGAGCGGGGGGGCGGCGGGUUUCUGGGCCGUGUUUAUAACCCUCUGCAGGACACGAGUAGCGCCUCAGUGGUACGGUGGAAGGUCACCAGCAUCCUGCAGCCGAGGACAACCAACCAUGACGGCUCCACCGCCGUGCUGCGGUCUGGUGAUGGUGCUCUAUAGGUCACACAGGUGGAGUACCGCGAGAUGGACGAAAGCCUGGCCAACCUGUCCGAGGACGAAUACUACUCCGAGGAGGAGAGGAACGCCAAGGCGGAGAAGGAGAGGAAGCAGGUCAUCCCUCCUCCGCCGCCGCCUCCCGAGGAGGAGAACGACAGCGAACCCGAGGAACCGUCCGGCCUGGAAGGAGCUGCUUUCCAGAGUCGCCUUCCUCACGACAGAAUGACGUCCCAGGAAGCCGCCUGCUUCCCCGACAUCAUCAGCGGUCCCCAGCAGACGCAGAAGGUCUUCCUGUACAUCCGCAACCGCACCAUCCAGCUGUGGUUGGACAACCCGAAGAUCCAGCUCACCUUUGAGGCCACCGUACAGCAGCUGGAAGCUCCGUACAACAGCGACACAGUGCUGGUUCACAGGGUGCACAGUUAUUUAGAAAGGCACGGCCUCAUAAACUUCGGCAUUUACAAGAGAGUCAAGCCUUUACCCACAAAGAAGACAGGGAAGGUGAUAAUCAUCGGUGGAGGUGUGUCCGGUCUGGCUGCAGCCAGGCAGCUGCAGAGUUUUGGGAUGGAUGUAACGGUCCUGGAGGCCCGGGACCGCGUGGGAGGAAGAGUGGCGACGUUUAGGAAGGGCAACUAUGUAGCAGACCUGGGAGCCAUGGUGGUGACAGGACUGGGAGGGAAUCCCAUGGCUGUGGUCAGUAAGCAGGUGAACAUGGAGCUGGCCAAGAUCAAGCAGAAGUGUCCUCUCUAUGAAGCCAAUGGCCAGGCUGGGGAACGGUGCACAAGUGUCCCAAAAGAGAAAGAUGAGAUGGUGGAGCAGGAGUUCAACCGGCUGCUUGAGGCUACCUCCUACCUCAGCCAUCAGCUGGACUUCAACUUCCUCAACAACAAGCCUGUUUCUCUGGGACAGGCCCUGGAGGUGGUCAUUCAGCUGCAGGAGAAACACGUGAAAGACGAGCAGAUCGAGCACUGGAAGAAGAUCGUGAAGACUCAGGAAGAACUCCGAGAUCUCCUGAACAAGAUGGUGUCCACUAAGGAGCGGGUGAAGGAGCUCCAUCAGCAGUAUAAGGAGGCGAGCGAAGUGAAGCCGCCCAGAGACAUCACCGCCGAGUUCCUGGUGAAGAGCAAGCACCGCGACCUGACGGCGCUCUGCAAGGAGUACGACGAGUUGGCCGAGAUGCAGGUGAAGCUGGAGGAGAAGCUCCAGGAGCUGGAGGCCAACCCACCCAGCGACGUCUACCUGUCCUCCAGGGAUCGGCAGAUCCUGGACUGGCACUUCGCCAACCUGGAGUUCGCCAACGCCACGCCCCUCUCCACGCUGUCCCUGAAGCACUGGGAUCAGGACGACGACUUCGAGUUCACCGGCAGCCACCUGACCGUGCGCAACGGCUACUCCUGCGUUCCCGUGGCGCUGGCCGAGGGUUUGGACAUCAAGCUGAACACGGCGGUGCGGCAGGUCCGCUACACGGCGUCCGGCUGCGAGGUGAUCGCCGUCAACACGCGCUCCACCACGCAGACCUACAUCUACAAGUGUGACGCGGUGCUCUGCACGCUGCCGCUGGGCGUGCUGAAGCAGCAGCCCCCCGCCGUGCAGUUCGUGCCCCCGCUGCCGGAGUGGAAGACGUCGGCCAUACAGAGGAUGGGCUUUGGGAACCUCAACAAGGUGGUGCUGUGCUUCGACCGCGUCUUCUGGGAUCCCAGCGUCAACCUGUUCGGUCACGUCGGCUCCACCACCGCGAGCCGGGGCGAGCUCUUCCUCUUCUGGAAUCUCUAUAAAGCUCCCAUCCUGCUCGCUCUGAUGGCCGGAGAGGCCGCCGGCAUCAUGGAGAACAUCAGCGACGACGUCAUCGUCGGACGCUGCCUGGCAAUCCUCAAAGGAAUAUUUGGAAGCAGCGCCGUGCCGCAGCCAAAGGAGACGGUGGUGACCCGGUGGCGUGCCGACCCCUGGGCGAGGGGCUCCUACUCCUAUGUGGCGGCGGGUUCUUCGGGUAACGACUACGACCUGAUGGCCCAGCCCAUCACCCCCGGCCCGGCCAUCCCUGGAGCCUCACAGCCCGUCCCCCGGCUCUUCUUCGCUGGAGAGCACACCAUCAGAAACUACCCGGCCACGGUCCACGGCGCGCUGCUCAGCGGUCUGCGCGAGGCGGGCCGCAUCGCCGACCAGUUCCUGGGCGCCAUGUACACGCUGCCGAGGCAGGCCACGCCCACCGCCGCCACCAACCCGCAGCAAGCGCAGCCGGCCGCCGCCGUCUGAGGCCCUGGACCCCAGAGAGAAAUCACCCGACAGCUGGACUUCCUGUUUCAUUCGGAGGACUUCCUGUUUCAUUCGGUGGCCAGAUUUUGAUCUGGAUAAAAAUCUGUUUUUAUGUGAAAGCUGAGCUGGACCUCUGGUACCACAACGCUUCAGUUUGAGCCCAAACGUCUGCAGAAUGAGCGGCGGUGACUCUGCUCAGGAAUAAUCUAGAACGUGUGGUGGAACCCUGAAGAAGCCGCUUUACUGUAGAGUCAUGAAAAAUAGACGACAGCAGCACAACGGGAUAUUUUUUGUUGCCUUUUUUAACCUUUUAAGAAGGUUUCUUUCUUUGUCGUCUCGUCACUAAAACAUAAAACCUCGAAUCCAGACGUGAGGAGCGGUCUCACCUGUUACACUAGUGGUUGUCGUGUUCUGACCCGGUAUCCCUUCGGUUCUGUACUGUAGCGUCGACGUUUGUACCCAGAGCUGAAAAACGUGCUUCUUCUCGUUGUUUUCUUGUAAAGAAUCUGAUUUUGCUGUUGAGACUUUUUAAAUCUUGUUUGUUUUUGUUAAUAAAAGACCAACGUUGAGG